CGCGAUCCUACCGAGCUCGACCAGAUCACCACUCUCCCCAAUGGCAUCCGAGUCGCGACGGAAGCUCUUCCAGGCCACUUCUCUGGGAUAGGUGUCUACAUCGAUGGAGGAUCAAGAUACGAGACGGAGGGACUGCGAGGAGUUUCACACAUCAUCGAUAGGCUGGCAUUCAAGUCGACGAAGAAGAGAUCCGGAGACCAAAUGCUGGAGGCGAUGGAGAAUCUGGGCGGAAACAUUCAAUGUGCCUCGUCAAGAGAAAGCUUGAUGUAUCAAUCUGCAACAUUCAACUCUGCGGUACCACAAACUGUUGAAUUGCUCGCAGAGACAAUUCGCGAGCCGAACAUUACAGAAGAUGAGGUCGCGAGGCAAUUGGAAACGGCAGAUUAUGAGAUCGGCGAAAUCUGGUCUAAACCGGAACUCAUCCUUCCCGAACUGGUACACAUGGCGGCAUACAAGGAUAACACAUUGGGCAAUCCUCUGUUGUGCCCAAAGGAAAGACUGGACAGCAUCGACAGCCGGACCGUCGAAGCAUAUCGCAAAGCUUUCUUCCGGCCCGAGAGAAUGGUCGUCGCAUAUGCUGGUGUUGAGCACCAAGAAGCUGUCCGACUCACCAAGCAAUACUUCGGCGAUAUGGCAUCGACAACAUCAACCUCCGCAGAAGCUGCAUCGGCAAAGUCACAACAAAUUCAGCCGCCUUACCCGACGUCCUCGACGCCUCCUCAGAAGGACUCCCGACUUAUGUCCAAAAUUCCUUUCCUCAAGAACCUUUCCACCUCAGCCACCAACUCGGCAACAGUCUCCCCUCUCGACCCAUCACAAAUUAUCCCUUCUCCUCUGGACGCACCGAUCCCCUACACGCAGUCAUCCCACUACACCGGCGGCUUCCUCACUCUCCCACCCUUGCCGAUCCCCUCCAACCCCUCCCUCCCACGCCUCUCCCACAUCCACCUCGCCUUCGAAUCCCUCCCCAUCUGCUCACCCGACAUCUACGCCCUCGCAACCCUCCAAACCCUCCUCGGUGGCGGCGGCUCUUUCUCCGCAGGCGGCCCCGGAAAAGGCAUGUACUCCCGCCUAUAUACGAAUGUCCUCAACCAAUACGGCUGGGUCGAGAACUGCGUAGCCUUCAACCACGCAUACACCGACUCAGGCCUCUUCGGCAUCUCCGCUGCCUGCGCCACGACUUUCGUGCCGAGGAUGUUGGAGACCAUGUGUCGCGAACUAUCUUUCUUGUCCGCCGAGACAGGGCUCAGCAGACUUUCCGAUAUCGAAGUCAAGCGCGCGAAGAAUCAGCUCCGUUCUUCUCUCUUGAUGAACUUGGAAAGUCGAAUGGUGGAGUUGGAGGAUCUGGGAAGGCAAGUGCAAGUCCACGGUCGGAGAGUGCCGGUGAAGGAAAUGGUCAAGGCGAUUGAGAGCGUGACCGUGCAGGAUUUGAGAAGGGUCGCGAAGUUGGUGUUUGGAGGCGGAGUACAGAAUCAGGGGAAUGGGAGUGGUGCGCCGACGGUGGUGUUGCAGAUGGGUGAGGAGGAGGGUGUCAAGAUUAAGGAAUUGGGGUGGGGUGAGAUUCAGGAGAGGGUGCAGAAGUGGGGGUUGGGGAGGAGAUGA